AUGGAGAGCUCUGCCAAGAUGGAGAGCGGCGGUGCAGGCCCGCAGCCCUUCCUGCCGCCCGCAGCCUGCUUCUUUGCCACGGCCGCGGCGGCGGCUGCGGCGGCAGCGGCGGCGCAGAGCGCGCAGCAGCAGCCGCCGCCGCAGCCGCAGGCGCCGCAGCUGAGCCCCGCGGCCGACGGCCAGCCCUCAGGGGGCGGUCACAAGUCAGCGCCCAAGCAAGUCAAGCGACAGCGCUCGUCCUCGCCCGAACUGAUGCGCUGCAAACGCCGGCUCAACUUCAGCGGCUUCGGCUACAGCCUGCCGCAGCAGCAGCCGGCCGCCGUGGCGCGCCGCAACGAGCGCGAGCGCAACCGCGUCAAGCUGGUCAACCUGGGCUUCGCCACCCUUCGGGAGCACGUCCCCAACGGCGCGGCCAACAAGAAGAUGAGCAAGGUGGAGACGCUGCGCUCCGCCGUCGAGUACAUCCGCGCGCUGCAGCAGCUGCUGGACGAGCACGACGCGGUGAGCGCCGCCUUCCAGGCGGGCGUCCUGUCGCCCACCAUCUCCCCCAACUACUCCAACGACAUGAACUCCAUGGCCGGGUCGCCGGUCUCAUCCUACUCGUCGGACGAGGGCUCCUACGACCCUCUCAGCCCCGAGGAGCAAGAACUGCUCGACUUCACCAACUGGUUCUGA